GUUGAUGUUUCCGGGUUUGGAGACGCAUCGUAGUUACAAAAAUGUCGGGUAAGCAGCAGUUGUUGGUACUUUUAAUUAUUUUGGGAGGAAGCAGUCUAGUGACGGUCGCAUUUGAGUGUACUGCUGUCAAGGGCUAUGAUGGAUGUGCUUGCUACGAGGAGAAAAAUAACACGAAAAUUUAUGUAAACCUUCUGCCCCUCAAGGAAAAUUCUUCCACACCAAGGUAGCAAUGCGAGAGUCUGUUUGCUUUGCUUUAUUUGCAAUGAAAGGUGAAAUGAAUAUUUUGUAUGUAUAGUUAUCACGGGUGGUUCAUGGUUUUGUUAUUUCUAUGAUGGCAACGAAACUUUCUGGUUAGUCAAUGAAUCAGACGGGGAUGGUCGGUUGUGUAAAUUUUGGAUUUUGGUCUCGCUUAGGGGUGGCCAAUAUUUUGGUGGUUUAGGGUUUUACGCGAAGAGAAACAGAAGUCAAUUUUCUUUUUAACUUUGUUUGAUGUCUUUAUGUCAUUAAAACUCAUUUUCGUAUUUGGUUCACGCCCAGAUUGGUCUCCUUUAGGGGUCACAAAAAGCUUGAGCCACGCACAGAUGGUCUUCAAAAUUUCCGACGAGCAUCCCCGUCUGUUUCAUGUGGGAGUCCACCCCCCGGGGACGUUGCAUUUAUAGCAGUUGACAUGGAUGUAACAUUUCUAAACUAGAAGGUAUACUAUUUGUUUAUAGAAGGUAUAUGAAGGGCGUACCUUUUCUGCUCAAAAAUAGUAUAUAAAAGGGUAAGGGGUUGAACCUCUGGGCAGAGCCUCUCUAUAUAAAACUUUGUUGACUGCACCCCAACAGCCCCCCCUCCCCUUACUCCAUGGGGGUUGAUAUGAAGAAAUAGCAGUCUAAUCUCCAGCAGGGGACAAAUCUACAAAGUCAUUGGGUAGUAGUACAAGUGUCUCUUUUCCCCUGCUGCUAGCUGGCAUAUUAAUUAUGUCACUGGUGUUGUAAGAAUAUUGUACCACUAAAACUUCUUCAACCAUACAACUGACAAAUUACUCAGCAGGGCCCAGUUGUUCGAAGGCCGAUUAGCGCUUAAACCAGGGCUAAAUUUAACCCAGGUUUCUUUUUCUUGAGUUCAAAGCAUUUGCUCGGAUAAUUUUCUCGCUUAUUUUUAGGGCUUCCAAUCAUCAACUUGUAGACAAAAAGAAUUGAAACUAAAAUGCCUUUUAAGAUUUCAAAUCUAAAUUCAAAUCUUGCACUAACCCUGGGUUAUCUUAACCCAGCUUUGAACAACUUGGCCCAGGUUUCUUUGAGCAUCUGACAUUCAAUUAACUGGCCAUCUGACAGUCUUGUCAGGGACACUAUCAAAGCUAGGUCUUGUCUUUGCUUGCAGAUUUACAGUCAAAGAUAAGGAUUCAUAUUAUAUUUCCUACAGUCCGUGUGGUGUAUUUAGUGAGUUUGUAAACAAGACCCGGCCUGGUGUUACUUCAUGUGUUAAUGCCUCUGUAAGUAUGCAGCUGGAAAAUAUAUUCACUGUAUCGCAGCUGAAAGAAUGUGGCUAACUAAUAUGUUCUAUAUAUUUAUAUUUUUUUUAUUCAGACUUUUAUUAUUAUUAUUAAAAUAUUAUUAAUGCUUUAUUAAAAAAAGUACAAAAUAUGUAUGUACUAAUAAUGAAACAAAACAAAAAUAAAAUAGAAAAGGACAGAUACAAAAAACUUAAAUAAUAACAAUGGAAGCGUGGGCGUAUCAUGUUAUUUCAGUAAAUAGUACAAAAUUUCAUUGUUCCAUGAUUUUUGCUGUUGUAAACAUUUUAUUUCCUACUUUUCAGGUUGCGAGAUGGACAAAUGGAUCUGUCCUUAGCUGUGAAAGUCUGGGUAACGAUGCAAAUUCAGAGUUUGUUAGCUCUGUUCCAGGAGAUGCUGGAGGGAAUAUAACAGCAAACCUCACCUUAAAGUUUAGGUAACAAAAUAUUAAAUGUGACGUUUUUUCUCCUUUCUCUUGUUACUCAGUAUACUUAUUUUUGCACUUCGCAUGUCUUUUUUGCUGCUGCCCCUGAGCACCCUCACCAAGUCAAGAAUUUAGCUAAAUGAGGUCAUAUACCUUUUGCAUAAAUUAUACUUCAUUGUUAUUUAUAAUAUUGCAGGAGCAGAGCUGCUGAACAUCAUUCUGCUGUUAUUUCAUUGGUGUGUAACGAAACUCUGCCAGAAAACGAGACAGUGUUUGAAUACAUUAACACAGUGAAUAUUCCCACCGACAUAUAUGUAAGUGCCCUCACUUUCCAGGACGUUCUUCCUUUCACGUUUUUAAAGCCAUGUUAAUAAUAGCAAGAGCACAGGAAUAGCAGAUCAAAAAUAGUAACGUUCAGGAAAAUCUGAUUAUCAAGAAUUUCAUUUGGGUUAAAAACAGAAAGUAGUUUCUGAGUUUAGAUAGGUUCAAAUAAAUUUCAUCCAGCUAAAAGAUCUUUUAGGUUUGGAAAGAAAGUUUAAGAAAAAAUAAGAAAAUGGUAAUAUUAAAACCAGGCUGAGGUCCAUAAUUUGAAUGAUGACAAUUUAUGAUAAAUACAUGAAGUGGUGUCAAUUUCUAUCUGCAGUAUCUAGCAUUAACAAGUAAAUGCUGUUGCCCAGGAAAAUGUGGAACUCCUCCAGGUAAGAAAUAAGAUUUAAGUUUUAAUAUAAUGUAGGUUAACAGAAAAUACAUUUAUUGCAUUUACACUGCUGCCCAGUUUUGAUUUCUUUGAAUGAGUCAGACAUUUCUUUUACAUAACAAGGAUUCCUCUGCAGGACUGACAGAGAUGAAAUCAGGUGCUACCAAGCUAAAUCGUAUAACAUUUUCUUUUAAAAUAUCACAGUUAAAGUCCCUGACUUGUUUCAGCAGUUGAUUCCCAGGUUAAUCCUGAAACAUUCUAACAUUGUUUUUUUCUGGUUUAAUUUAUCUUCAGCAAUUCCUACCAAGCCAACAGGUCUGUUGAUCACAUUUAAUCUUUUAGCAAAAUUGUAUAGCAUUUUCUUUUAAAAUAUCACAGUUAAAGUCCCUGACUUGUUUCAGCAAUUGAUUCCCAGAGUAACCCUGAAACAUUCUAACAUUGUUUUUUUCUGGUUUAAUUUAUCUUCAGCACUUCCUACUCCAAAAACCAAGCCAACAGGUCUGUUGAUCACAUUAAAUCUUUUUUCUUUUGCAUCAGUCCAUCAUGACCAGCAACAUUUUAGCAUUAAACAGGGACAUCAAGCACAUAGUGUGCUUAUAGUGUAACAUAGGUGGUAUUUGACUGGUAUUUUAACAUUUCCUGUCGAAAAUUUGGGCACCCAGAACUGAUCAGGACUUAAUGUUAGUAACAAACAAUGGUAAGAGUCUCUCAAAACACAGGGAUGGCAGAGCUGGGGUACACUUUCCUUGCAGAAGAGUCUCUCAGCAUUUAAGUCACUUGUCAGCCUCACCCUCCCCAUGUGGAAAAAUGUAAAUGUUCCACCAUCCUUGAUACAAACUGAGGGAUUUUGUGUAGUUAAUUAUUUUUUCCUUUGCUAUUUUUAGAAAACAAAUCCCCAUCUUCAGGCUCCCUCAAAACCUGGGAGAUAAUAGUGAUUGCUGCUGCAGGUGUGGUAGUUCUUGUGCUGAUUGUUGUUGGAAUGGUGUGGUACUACUGUAAAAAGAAACCUGGAUAUGAAGCAGUUUAGGAACAGGAAUAAUGAUACUCUAUCUGCUGAGCUUAGUAGGAGUAAAACUCUGCUAUAUAUAGUAAUAACGAAGUGUAACUAAAAAACUCAGCUGGAAAGAAUAUGGAAAGUAAAGAGCAAAGAUUGAAAUAAGUAGUAUUUAAAAUAAUAAUGUAAUUAAUAUCAAUUUCAUUUUUAGGCAGCAAAAUAUAGAAUUUCCAUUUAAAGUAGUACCUGAACAUGAUAAUCAUUUCCUUAGAAUAAUAAUUUAUUUAAAAGUAAGCUUAACUCUCGCCAAGACAGACACCACUGGGAAUGGAAUGAAAUCAACCUCAGGUCUGCUAUCUUUCUUGACACUUGCUUUUCAAAAUAGCAUUUAUCUCUACCAGGAGAAUACAUGUUGCAUUUGUCAAACACAGCUGCCUUUUUAUUGCUCUGAUUGUCUUAUUAUAGACAGGCUUAAUGAAGGUUUAUGCUGCAACAACUAUAGGUGUAUAGAAAAGUUUUCCAUUAUAUAGAGAUAGCGAUGAAAUUAAGGGAGUUGACUGUAUAACUAUUUCGUUUUUGUGAUUAUUUUUGUUUUUCAAUGAAAAGAUUUAGUGCUUCAGUUCAUAUGUCAUGUUUUAACAAGAAAGGUAAGAAUAUCAGGGGC